AGGACCAGCCCAGGACCGGCCGCCACGAUAACCCCCGCUAUCCGCGGACGGAGCGGCGGGAGUCAGACAAGGCCACCAACCCAUCCAACCGCCAGGAGGACUGGGAGUACGUCAUUGGCUUCUGCGACCAGAUCAACAAGGAACUCGAGGGCCCCCAGAUCGCAGUCCGGCUGCUGGCGCACAAGAUCCAGUCGCCGCAGGAAUGGGAGGCCGUCCAGGCGCUCACCGUCCUGGAGGCGGGAAUGAAAAACUGCGGCCGGCGUUUCCACAGUGAAGUGGGGAAGUUCCGCUUCCUGAAUGAGCUGAUCAAAGUCGUCUCCCCAAAGUACCUGGGGGACCGGGUCUCGGAGAAGGUGAAGGCCAAGGUCAUCGAACUGUUGUUCAGCUGGACCGUGGCCCUGCCCGAGGAGUCCAAAAUCAAGGAUGCCUACCAGAUGCUGAAAAGGCAAGGGAUCGUGCUCUCUGACCCGCUGAUCCCCGUGGACCGGACCCUGAUCCCCUCCCCUCCUCCUCGUCCAAAGAACCCCGUGUUUGACGAUGAGGAGAAGUCCAAGCUCCUGGCCAAGCUGCUAAAGAGCAAAAACCCAGAUGACCUACAGGAGGCCAACAAACUGAUCAAGUCCAUGGUGAAAGAGGAUGAGGCCCGGAUCCAGAAGGUGACCAGGAGGCUGCACACGCUGGAAGAGGUCGGCAACAACGUGAAGCUCCUGCACGAGAUGCUGCUGCACUACAGCAAGGAGCACUCCGCCCCAGCCGACAGGGAGCUCAUGAAGGAGCUGUACGAGAGGUGCGAGGCCAAGAGACGAGCCCUGUUCAGGCUGGCCAGCGAGACCGAGGACGACGACGGCAGUCUGGGGGACAUCCUGCAGGCCAGUGACAACCUGUCCCGGGUCAUCGCCUCCUACAAGAGGGUCGUCGAAGGGCAGCUGGUCAACGGUGAGCCGGAGGCGGCCGAGGCGGCCGACCCCGCGCCGGCCCCCGAAGGUCCCCACCCCCCCGACAGCCUCAUCGACCUCUCGGGGCUGGACGGGAGCUGCAGCACGAACCCACCUGUGGCCCCGGAGCCCACCCCUCCCCCCGCGGACAUCCCCAUCCUCCCACCGCCGCCCGCGGCCGGGCCCCGCAGCCGCUCGUCCAGUCAGACCGAGCCCGCCCCCGGCCCCGGGACCCCUGCCCCCACCGCCGCCAUCUCCCUGUUGGACGAAGAGCUGCUGUGCUUGGGCCUCGCCGACCCCACCCCCGGCCCGGCUCUCGGCGAGGCCGUAGGAAGCGGCCAGUGGGGCCUGUUCCAGAACGAACAGCUGGACCUGGACCCGUUCGGCCGCCAAGCGGCGAGCGGCCCCGGCGGCGGCUCCCCGGGCCAGCCCUUGUUCCGGCCCUCGGUGCAGCCCGCGGGGGCCUCCCCGGCCCUCCGGCCCCCCGCCUUCCCAGCCUCCCUCCUGCUCCCCGCGGGGUCGCCGGCCGCCACGGCCUCCCCACCGAGGGCCGGGCCCGCGGCUCCCCCGGCCCGGCUUGACCCCCUGGAGCAGCUUCUGGAUGGAGCCCGAGGGUCGGGCGGCUCCCUGGCCGGCGUCGCCCCUUCUUCGCCGGCCCCCCGGGCCGGGUCUGCGACCACCGCCCCCACGGGACCGCCCCCGCCUCUCGCGGCUGGCCCCGGCAGCCCCCUGUUCCCACUGCCCGGCAGUCCUCUGCGGACCGCCGAGCUCUCCCUGGCCAACGUCCACGUGCCCCUGGAAGCCAUCAGACCCAGCAGCGUCCUCCCCGUGACUGCCUACGACAAGGACGGCUUCCGCAUCCUGUUCCACUUCGCCAAGGAGUGCCCCCCGGGCCGGCCGGAUGUGCUGGUGGUCGUGGUGUCCAUGCUCAACACGGCCCCGCUGCCCGUCACGGGCAUCCUGCUGCAGGCAGCCGUGCCCAAGUCCAUGAGGGUGAAGCUGCAGCCGCCGUCCGGGACGGAGCUGUCCCCCUUCAGUCCCAUCCAGCCCCCCGCGGCCCUGACCCAGGUCAUGUUGCUGGCCAACCCGCUCAGGGAGAAGGUGAGGCUGCGCUACCGCUUGACCUUCACCCUGGGGGAGCAGCUGAGCAUGGAGGUGGGUGAAGUGGACCAGUUCCCGGCGCCGGAGCAGUGGGGGAACCUAUGAUCCCGAGGGCCGCGAGGGCCGUUCCAGAGGAGGGGAGGGGAGGGGGCCGCCCCGCUCCACCCGCCCCCGGGCCGGGCCCGAUCCCGGCACGUGCCGUCCGAGGCCAGAGCGGGAGCCCGCGUGUGGUAAGAUGAGCUGGAACGCGCUCCUGGAGGGGGGGGCCGGGCCCGCCCCCCUCCAGGGCCAGGAGAUGGGGGGAGGAGGAGGGAGAGGCCGCCAGCCCGGUCCUGGGAGCAGUAUUACCCCCCGCCCAUCCCCGGCUCGCUGUGGCCUCACGGGUGCCCGGCGGGGGUAGGGGAGCAGCCGCCGUGGGGCCGGCGGUGCGGCGGGCCGGCCCCGACAGAUGGCCAGAGUGGUAAUAUCUCACAGGAAGGUCAGACACCCCCUCCCGGUUAAGGCUAACUGGAUGUUGGACUCAGAUACCGCUCCGGGAAGGGGAGGAGCCGGGGAGGGGUGCUCCGAGAGCAGCCGCGGGGCCGGAGCAGGGGCGCUAGGACCCCGGGCCGAACCCGGCCCGCUCCCCCUUCGGGAUUGGGAGUCGUCCACGGCCGCGGCGCCCCGUCCCACGCAGCCAGACCGGAGCCGGGCUGCGCUGCUUCUGUUCUGCUGCAUGUUCAAUAAAUCGCCUUUCCUACA